GCCAGUUGACAUUGAAGCUAUCUUUAAAAAGUCGCCGGUUAUAUAGAACGAGGCUAAUCGCAGUCGCCGCGCAGUUACGUUUAGGCAGCGAACGCAGGAGGAGAUCCCAGACAAGAUGGCCACAGCACUCAAGUUCGCAGCGAACCUCAACUUUCUGUUCACCGAGCGGGCGGCGACGAUCGCCGAGCGCAUACGGCUGGCCCACCAAAACGGCUUCCGGGCCGUGGAGAUACCCUAUCCGGAGGGCGAGACAAGCGCCGUGGUGGAUGCCGUGCGGGAGACGGGCAUUGUGGUCAGCCUGAUUAACCUGGCCUUCGACAAGACCAGCGACCAGUUGCGCUUCGGCUCCACCAGUGUGCCCGGCGCCGAGACCCUGUUCCGCCAGCAGCUGGAGAGCACUAUCGGUUUCGCCAAGCAGGUUAACUGCGGCAAGAUUCAUUUAACCGCCGGCCUCCUGCCCCCCGGCGGUCGGGAGAGCGACUACACGGCUACGUAUACAGCCAAUCUAAAGAUCGCCGCCGAUAGCCUCAAAGCCAGCGAGAUGAUCGGCGUGAUAGAGCCAAUUAACAAGUACGCCGUGCCCGGUUACUUCAUGAACUCGUAUGCCAAGGCAGCUGGCGUUCUUGGUGCUGUGGGUGCCGACAACCUGAAGCUACUGGCCGACAUCUAUCACCUGCAGCACCUGCAUGGCAACGUGUCCAAGACGCUGGAGGAGUACAAGGGCCUGAUUGGCCACUUCCAGAUUGCCCAGGUUCCACACCGCCACGAACCGGACGUGGCCGGGGAGCUGGACUACGGCUAUGUGUUCAAGGCCCUCCAGGAGUUUGGCUACCAGGACUGGGUGGGUUGCGAGUACAAGCCCAAGACGACGACCACCGAGGGUCUAAGCUGGGUGGCCAGGCUGGGCUAUGCACUGUGAUCGGGAUUAAUGCAUUUUAUAUAUUUAAAAAAAAAAAAAAAAAGAGUUGUAUUUACACAUUUUACAAAACAUAAAACAACAAAGGUUGAAUUUACAA